GUCGAGUGCAGAUGCAGCGAGAGGUCAGAGAUGUGUCGAGCAAAAGGGGUAGCGGUUGAGAGAGAAAGAAAAACAGAUUAGAGAGAGAGCGAGAGAGAGAGAGAGCGAGAGAGAGAGAGAGAGACGGGCUCAGUCGGUCGGCAUGUAGCAACAGCGGAGCUCCUGUCUGAACCACACCAGCGAGAAAAGGGCGCCUCGACUGAAAACACGGCUCCGGGAAUCAAAACCGCUCCCAGCCGACGAUGAAACACGUCUCGCUCGCCUGAAGGGACUCUGAACGCGACGCUUUUCCUCCCGCCUGCCACCGUUUUCAGCGAAAAUGGCGAACGACUCUCCGGCUAAAAGCCUGGUCGAUAUAGACCUGGCAUCCCUGCGGGACCCGGCUGGGAUUUUCGAAUUGGUGGAAGUGGUUGGAAAUGGCACCUAUGGACAAGUCUAUAAGGGUCGACAUGUCAAGACAGGACAACUGGCAGCCAUUAAGGUCAUGGACGUCACAGAGGAUGAAGAGGAAGAGAUUAAGUUGGAGAUCAACAUGCUGAAGAAAUAUUCGCACCACAGAAACAUCGCCACUUAUUAUGGAGCUUUCAUCAAGAAAAGCCCCCCAGGCCAUGAUGACCAGCUCUGGCUGGUGAUGGAGUUCUGUGGUGCGGGCUCCAUCACAGACCUGGUGAAGAACACCAAAGGGAACUCUCUGAAAGAGGACUGGAUUGCCUACAUUUCCCGAGAGAUCCUGCGGGGUUUAGCUCACCUGCACGCUCAUCACGUCAUUCAUCGUGACAUUAAAGGACAGAACGUGCUCCUGACUGAGAACGCUGAGGUCAAACUGGUGGACUUCGGUGUGAGUGCUCAGUUGGACCGAACAGUUGGCAGGAGGAACACUUUUAUCGGAACGCCAUACUGGAUGGCUCCAGAGGUCAUAGCCUGCGAUGAGAACCCUGACGCUACUUACGAUUACAGGAGCGACCUGUGGUCUUGUGGAAUUACCGCUAUAGAAAUGGCCGAGGGGGCUCCACCGCUGUGUGACAUGCAUCCGAUGAGAGCCCUCUUCCUCAUUCCCAGAAACCCCCCACCCAGGCUCAAGUCCAAAAAAUGGUCCAAGAAGUUCUUCAGCUUCAUUGAAGGCUGCCUGGUCAAGAACUACACGCAGCGCCCCCCCACUGAGCAGCUGCUCAAACACCCUUUCAUCCGGGACCAGCCGAACGAGAGGCAGGUCCGCAUCCAACUCAAAGACCACAUCGACCGGACCAAGAAGAAGCGUGGAGAGAAGGAUGAGACUGAGUAUGAGUACAGCGGCAGUGAAGAAGAGGAGGAGGAGGCAUCAGAGCAGGAAGGCGAGCCGAGCUCCAUUGUCAAUGUUCCUGGCGAGUCCACCCUUCGCCGCGACUUCAUUCGGCUUCAACAGGAGAACAAGGAGCGCUCGGAGGCACUGCGCCGCCAGCAGCUGCUCCAGGAGCAGCAGCUCCGAGAACAGGAAGAGUAUAAGAGGCAACUGCUGGCGGAGAGACAGAAACGUAUCGAGCAGCAAAAGGAGCAGAGGAGGCGACUGGAGGAGCAACAAAGGCGUGAGCGAGAGAUGAGGAGGCAGCAAGAGCGCGAGCAGCGGCGCCGUGAGCAGGAGGAGAAGAGGCGAGUCGAAGAGAUGGAGCGACGUCGCAAAGAGGAAGAGGAGCGUAGGAGAGCCGAGGAGGAAAAGAGGAGAGCUGACCGGGAACAGGAGUACAUUCGUCGUCAGUUGGAGGAGGAGCAGCGACACCUUGAGAUCUUGCAGCAGCAGCUGCUGCAUGAGCAGGCCAUGUUGCUGGAGUAUAAAUGGCGAGAGCUUGAGGAGCAGCGUCAAGCCCAGAAGCUCCAGAGACAGCUGCAGCAGGAGCAGGCCUACCUGCUGUCCAUCCAGCAGAACCAGAAUUUAGACUUGAGUGCCAAACAGGACACCAAAACCUUGGCUUUGGAACAGCCGAAGAGUGCUGGCAAAGAUGCAGUAGCACCACAGCAGAAUACGGACUCUGAACAGUCAAGUACCAGUCUGGAGGAAACCACAGCUACACAGAUCCCUGUCUCUAACCCGCCAGGCUCAGCCCUCGACUCCGAGCCAAGCAAAGAGGCUGAUGAGCGAUACCGGAAGAACAUCCAGGGUUCACCUCAAGCUGCUCAGAGUAAACCUCAGCAACCACCCGUGCCACCACGCUCCGAGUCUUCUUACCCCAACGGGAACUCGUCCUCAGAGACGCCAGCCAUGCACCGUCCCAGUGAGGCACAGGUGCGCCCCCAUGUGUCCGUGCUAAAAAGCAGUAUGAGUGUGGCCUCCUCUGGCUCCUCUGUCUCCACUCCACAUGCUGUUUCCCGCUCUCACUCCUUCAACGAGCAGCUCACAUCUAGCUUUGAAAAUCUGCAUCUGCGCAACAACCAAGAGCCUCACCACCACCAUCAUCAUUAUUCCCCAUCUUCAUCACCAUCAUCCACUCCUGCACGCACUGACCCGCCACCCAACCCCCUGCCCAGACCCUCACCCCAUGAGCCAAGCACUCCAACAGAGGUUCCACCGAGGGUUCCUGUCAGAACAACAUCCAGGUCCCCCGUGCUCUCUAGGCGAGACUCGCCUAAGCGCCACGGCACUUGCCAGCCACUACCCCGUAGCACUGCAAGUGCAGCAGAGCCUCGACUGCUCUGGGAGCGUGUGGAGAAACUGGUUCCCAGGCAGACCAGUAACAGUGGCAGUGGAGACACCAGUUCCUCCAGCAGCUCCAGUAACUCCGGCUCGCAGCCCAGUUCUCACAGUGGCUCUGGAGAGAGGUUCAGAGCCCGUUCAUCAUCCAAGUCUGAGGGCUCCCCCCUCCAAAGACCUGAGAAAAAAGCAGAGGAAAGGAGGGACUUGGUCAGGUCCAGCAGACCAGCGGACCUCACCGCCCUGGCCAAAGAGCUGCGUGCGGCAGAUGACAUUCGUCCACCCAAUAAGGUGACCGACUACUCAUCAUCCAGCGAAGACUCUGACACCACCGACGAUGACGAUGACGAAGAGGUGGACCAGGAGGGAGGAGACGAGUCAACAUCUGGUCCGGAGGAUUCUAGAGCUGUCACUUCCAAGCUGAGUAACGGGGAGUCUGAUUCUGCAAAGACCAUGGUGGUGCAUGACGAAGGGGAGAGCGAUGCUGGCUCCACUCCCUGUAAAGACAGCACACUGAUCGUCAGACAGAGCACAGGCGACAUCAAAAAGAGGCCCGGUCCCAGUCUGGGACAUCCCCACCAGAGUCUGGGCUUAUUGCCCGGCUACAAUCCAAGUCCCGGCUCAAUGACAAGUCCAGGUCUCAGUCACCACACGUCUAGCCCUCCUCCACAUCAUCAUCACCACCACCACCAUCAUCAACAUCCUCAGCUCCACCUGCCCUCACCGCACUCAGACAGGAAUGGUUAUGCUGUCCGCAUCCACCACCUACCAGAUCUGAUCCAGCAGAGCCACCAUUCCUCCCCCUCCUCCUCAGCAUCCAACUCCCCCUCCUCCUCCAGCCUUGCCAGCCCCAUCCUGUCACCCCAGAGUCCCUUGGACAAGCUGGGCAUCUUCAUUGAGAGUCAGUCGAGUAAUAACAUGCAGAAACACAAGUCGUCCUCCUCAUUCACUCCAUUCAUCGACCCACGCCUCCUCCAAGUGUCUCCGUCCACCGGCAGCGCUCUCAACAAUGUUGGCUAUGCCAACGACCCCCGGCUGGCUGAGGCAUUGAGGGCUGAUGCUUCUCGGAAAGGCUCCGUGGUCAACGUGAACCCAGUUAACACCCGUCCGCAGAGUGACACACCAGAGAUCCGUAAAUACAAGAAGAGGUUCAACUCUGAGAUCCUGUGUGCUGCGCUGUGGGGAGUCAACCUGUUGGUGGGAACAGAGAGUGGUUUGAUGCUGUUGGACCGCAGCGGUCAGGGCAAGGUUUACCCCCUGAUCAACCGGCGACGCUUCCAGCAGAUGGACGUUCUGGAGGGCCUCAAUGUUUUGGUCACUAUAUCAGGCAAGAAGAACAAGCUGAGGGUCUACUACCUGUCCUGGCUGAGGAACAAGAUCCUGCACAACGACCCAGAAGUGGAGAAGAAACAAGGCUGGACCACAGUGGGGGAUCUGGAGGGCUGUGUCCAUUAUAAAGUUGUCAAGUACGAGCGGAUCAAGUUCUUAGUUCUGGCUCUGAAGAACUCGGUGGAGGUCUACGCCUGGGCCCCCAAACCCUACCACAAGUUUAUGGCCUUCAAGUCUUUCGGAGACCUUGUCCACAAGCCCCUCUUGGUUGACCUCACUGUAGAGGAAGGCCAGAGGUUAAAGGUCAUCUACGGCUCCUGCUCAGGAUUCCAUGCCGUUGAUGUGGACUCCGGUGCAGUCUAUGACAUCUACCUACCAACACACAUCCAGACUAACAUCCAAUCUCAUGCCAUAAUCAUCCUGCCCAACACUGACGGCAUCGAGCUGCUGGUGUGCUAUGAGGACGAGGGCGUCUACGUCAACACUUAUGGACGCAUCACCAAGGAUGUGGUGCUGCAGUGGGGGGAGAUGCCCACCUCAGUGGCAUACAUCCGCUCCAACCAGAUCAUGGGCUGGGGUGAGAAGGCCAUUGAGAUCCGCUCUGUGGAGACCGGACACCUGGAUGGGGUCUUCAUGCACAAGAGAGCCCAAAGACUCAAGUUUCUGUGUGAGAGAAAUGACAAGGUGUUCUUCGCCUCUGUGCGCUCCGGGGGAUCUAGCCAGGUCUACUUCAUGACUCUGGGGCGAAGCAACCUGCUCAGUUGGUAGAGGUCCACAACAGACCCAUCUCCUCCUCCUCUUCCUCCUCCACUUGCGCCCUCAUAAGCACUGGAUCGCUGAAACCCUCCGUUUAUCUCUGGUCUAAUAGUCUGGUCUCUGAGGAGAAAACCGCAACCUCUCACUCCAUGUGAACCCUGGCUUCCUGGGGAAAUUACCGGAGACCAUGGACGACAUCGCUUCCUGUCCUCCUGGUGCCGGUGUGUGGGGGGCCUUCGAACAAGUGCUGCCAAUAGUACUGCAACUACCUGCUGCCUCGCAUCUACCAGUGGUCCCGCCCUCCCACCCCUCUUCUCUAAACACGGGAUCCACUGAGGAUCUGGGUGUUGUAUUCAUGCUACAGUCGUGUAUGUCGAUGUUCCGUUUGGUCCAUUCUGAAGAUGAGAUGUUACAGAACAUCCUUCAGGUGGGGAAAAUGAUUCCGUAAGUCGUGUUUGGUGGUAUUUGACCGGAAGUGGGUGUGUAUGUUUAGGACAAGUGGAGCGGGUGAGAGAGCUGAGGCGGUGAGGCAGACAGUUUUUUUUUUUUGUUGUUUAACUCUAUUAUUCCUUAAACAUACGUGUAACUAAGUGGAUUAACUUUGUCUUUGUUCAAAUUUACA